AAAACUUGAAAAAGAACAAACUAACUAUCGAGGAGUUGGAUAGUGAAAUCCAAGAAGACUAUCAAAAUAUUAAAGAGAAAGAGGAUGAUGAUGUCGACAAGAUUAUCGAAAAUAUUGGCAAAACGGGAGUUAAAAAAAGAAUUAAAAAGUUUAAAGAGAAAGUAAGUAAAGUAGCAAAAUUUAGCAAAGAAAAAGUCCAACGAUUAAAAGAGAAAUUGUUAAAGUUUAUUCACAGUUCUAAUAAAUACGAACAAGAAUAUAAAAAAGAAGCUCAAAAUCUGUUGGUUCAGUUAGAGAAAGUUAGUCAAAGUCAGCAGCCCUUUUCGAAGUAG